AUGGCGCUGGUCGACGAGCAGCACGAGUGGGGCGCGAAGAAGGUCCGCCAGACUUUCUUGGACUACUUCAAGAAGAAUGGCCAUAGUUUUGUCCCCUCCUCCUCCGUCGUGCCCCUCUCCGACCCCACCCUCCUCUUCACCAAUGCGGGCAUGAACCAGUACAAGUCCAUCUUCCAAGGCACCGUCGACCCCUCCUCCGACUUCGCGUCGCUGAAGCGCGCCGCAAACUCGCAAAAGUGCAUCCGCGCCGGCGGAAAGCACAACGACCUCGACGAUGUGGGCAAGGACAGCUACCACCACACCUUCUUCGAGAUGCUGGGCAACUGGAGUUUCGGUGACUACUUCAAGAAAGAGGCCAUUGGCUUCACCUGGGAGCUUAUGACCAAGGUGUAUGGCAUCGACCCGAACAGGCUGUAUGUCACGUACUUUGAGGGCGCCGAUGGCCUCGAGCCCGAUCUCGAGGCCAAGGAGCUGUGGAAGAGCGCCGGUGUGCCCGAGGACCAUAUUCUGCCCGGAGACAUGAAGGACAACUUUUGGGAAAUGGGCGACCAGGGCCCGUGUGGACCUUGCUCGGAAGUACACUACGAUUUGAGGGAGCCGGUCGAUGGAAAAUACAGGAAUGCAUCGGACCUGGUGAACAAGGACGAUCCUGAGGUCAUUGAGAUUUGGAACAAUGUCUUCAUGCAGUACAACCGCGAACCCGACCGGUCGCUGCGACCGCUGCCGAACAAGCACAUCGAUACGGGCAUGGGAUUCGAGCGAUUGGUGUCGGUGCUGCAGAAGAAGAUGUCGAACUACGACACUGAUGUUUUCACACCUCUGUUCAAGCGGAUACAGGACAUCACAGGCGCGCGGCCAUAUAAUGGAAAGUUUGGCAAGGAGGACCCAGAUGGCAUUGACACGGCCUAUCGAGUCGUGGCUGAUCAUACCCGAAUGAUGAGCUUUGCGAUUGCCGAUGGUGGUGUGCCCAACAACGUUGGACGAGGAUACGUCGUUCGUCGCGUGCUGCGAAGAGGCGCACGAUAUGCGCGCAACUACUUUGGUGUGGAGAUUGGCAACUUCUUCUCGAAGAUUAUCCCGACACUGGUCGAGCAGAUGGGCGACAUGUUCCCGGAGAUCAAGAAGAAGCAGCAGGAUAUUAUCGAGAUUCUUGAUGAGGAAGAGAAGGCUUUCGCCAAGUCACUGGAUCGUGGCGAGACCAUCUUCAAGAAGUAUGUUGCAAAAGCACAAAAGGCUGGCUCGAAUGAUUUGCCCGGAGACGAUGUCUGGCGGCUGUACGACACAUACGGCUUCCCGGUCGAUCUCACGAAGCUCAUGGCUGAGGAGAACGGGCUCAACAUCAACGACAAGGAAGUCGAGGAGGCGCAAGAAAAGGCUCGCGAGGCCAGUAAGGGCGACAAGGCUGCUGCUGGCGUGGUGGUCAAGUUCGACGUGCACGACCUCGCUGCGUUGGAUAGCAUGGACGAUGUACCGAAGACGGACGACUCGUUCAAGUACGGCCGCGAAAACAUCACAACAACCAUCAAGGCGAUAUAUCACAACAAGAAGUUCUUGAAGAGCACGAGUGAAGUGCCAGAGGGAGAACAGUUUGGAGUGCUUCUCGACAAGACGAACUUCUACGCCGAGCAGGGUGGUCAAGAAUACGACACUGGACGGUUGCUCAUUGAUGGCGAGGCUGAGAUCAGCGUGGAUAACGUCCAGGUCUACGCUGGAUACGUCUUACACACAGGUUAUCUCAAGUACGGAGAAUUGAAGGUCGGCAGCGAAGUCAUUGCAGAGUUCGACGAGCUGCGGAGAAACCCCAUCCGUAACAACCAUACUGGCACACACGUUCUCAACUACGCUCUCCGCGAGACCCUCGGCAACGAAGUCGACCAAAAGGGAUCGCUCGUCGCACCAGAGAAGCUACGCUUCGAUUUCUCACACAAGGCUGGUCUGACUGAUGCGGAGCUCAAGAAGGUCGAGGACAUCUCAUCAGACUACAUUCGCCAAAACGCCGAAGUGUACGCCAAGGAUGUACCACUUGCACAGGCAAAGGAGAUUCGCGGUCUCCGCGCUGUCUUUGGCGAGACCUACCCCGACCCCGUACGCGUUGUCUCUGUUGGUGUCCCUAUCGAAGACCUCCUCGCCGACGUCAAGAACGAGAAGUGGGAUAAGCUCUCCAUCGAGUUCUGCGGUGGCACUCACGUCCUCAAGACCGGUGACAUCAAGGAACUUGUCAUCCUCGAAGAGUCCGGCAUUGCAAAGGGCAUUCGUCGCCAAGAAGCAUACAACGUGCAGCGUAUCGGCAACGAAUUUGCCGAGCGCAUCGAUCUCUUCGGCAAGAUGAAAUUCAGCCCCGAGAAAGAAGCAGAGGCCAAGAAACUCCAGCUCGAACUCAACCAACUCUCCAUCUCCGCCAUCAAGAAGACGGAACUCCGCGACGCGUUCGCCAAGAUCCAAAAGAGUAUCCUCGACGAACAAAAAGCGUUUGCCAAAGCAGACAACAAGCGUGUGCUAGACGAGGUCACAAAUUUCUUCAAGGACGAGAGCAAGACGUUCCUCGUGAAGAAGGUUGAGUGGUCAAGCAAUGUCAACAAGGCGAUUAGCGAGGCUAUCAAAGCUAUCUCGGGACCGAAAUCUGCGCUCAAGGAUCGCUCGCUGUAUCUUUUCUCCGCGAGUCCCGAGGAGGGCAAGGUUGUGCAUGGGUGUUAUGUCGCUGAGCAACACAAAGCCGCGGGCGCUGACGGACCCAAAUGGGCAUCGUUCGUCACGCCUAUUAUCGGUGGUAAGGCGGGAGGUAAGCCUGGUGCGCCGACGGCGAUUGGGCAGGGCACGAAUGCGGAUAAGGUUGAUGAUGGUGUCGCAGAAGCGACCAAGUUCAUCGAGCAACUCAAGCUAUGA